AUGAGGAUGAAUCGGUCGCGGUUGUACAAAAAUACAGGGAAGGAUAACGAUGAGCUUAGAAGAAGGAGGACUGACCAAUCAGUUGAGCUUCGGAAGGCUAAAAAGGAACAGCAGCUUCAAAAGAGACGCAACGUUGUAGUAGAAUUGGAAAAGACGUCGCCAUUAAAGGAUCAUUCUGAAACGUCAUCACCACCUCCUAGCUACGACGAAAUCGUUGCUGAUAUGAAAAGUUCAGAUGUAAACGUUGCGCUGGCUGCCACGCAGACUUGUCGUAAAACCUUGUCAAAGUUAAGAAAUCCUCCAAUUGAUGAAUUUUUUGAGAGAGGUGCUCACAAGAUCCUUGUCAAGUUACUUGAUUCCGAAAGCGAUGAAAUGAUUUUCGAGGCUGCAUGGGCGCUUACAAACAUCGCUUCCGGUGACUCGUACCAUACAGGAGGAGUUGUUGAAGCAGGUGCCGUGCCUAAGCUGAUUCGGCUCUUGCACCAUUCUGAUGUUCGUAUAGCCGAGCAAUGUAUAUGGGCCCUAGGAAACGUUGCCGGUGACGGGACGAAGCAUCGGGAUAUGGUUAUUCGACAGGGUGUUGUGGAGCCAUCCUUAGAGCUAUUGCGACGCUCAUGGGACUCUCCAAAUGUUGUUUCAAAUGUUGCCUGGAUGUUAUCCAACUUGUGCCGCAACAAGAACCCUGAUCCGCCCCUUUCUACGGUACGAGAGCUCCUUCCUGCUUUUGCAAGGCUUCUGAUGUAUCCACACAGCACAGAGGCCGUUGUGGACACCGCUUGGGCGCUAUCGUAUGCGAGUGAUUGUGGCGGCGCGUUUAUCGAUGAGAUUCUCAAAAGCGGCUGCGUCUAUAUUUUAGUUCGUCACCUUGGCUCGGACUUCUCUAACCUUGUAUCUCCAGCUCUGAGAACCAUUGGCAAUCUUAUUCUCGGUACUGAUCAACAAACUCAGGACACUAUCGAUUGUGGUGUAAUGCAAUAUGUUCCCAAACUUCUUAAUUCCAGUCGCUCAAAUGUUGUUAAGGAGACAUGUUGGAUGCUAAGUAAUAUAACUGCUGGCAAUUUGGAUCAGAUCCAGACAGUACUUGACGCUGGUGUUAUUCCGAAAAUCCUCGAUAUUAUGCGGGAGGCUGACUUCAAAGUACAAAAAGAGGCCUGCUGGGUUAUAAACAAUAUCGUAGUUGGAGGGUCGCCUGAACAACUGGCCUUCCUGUUGAAUCUUGGGGUUCUUGACUCUCUCAGUAAGAUGCUGACAGUGACCGACCCUGGAAUGAUAAGACAGGUGCUCGCUACGCUUAAGAAAAUAUUUGAGACUGCUGAAGCUUACAACCAGUUGGAAAACUGUUGUCUCGCCCUUGAACGUUGUGGAGCCCUGGGCACCCUUGAAAAGCUACAAGAUCACCAAAACGAGGAGAUCUACCUAGAGGCAUACGACUUCAUCUCACUGUAUUUCAACGACGAGGAAGAGGAGCAACCUCACUUAGCCACUGGUGAACCCAGCAACAGCAUUGCUAACGUUGAUACACCUCAGACACACUCCGACGAGUUCCGCUUUCAGCCCCAGCAAACAGGACCCGACUUCGAUUUCUGA